ACAGUAAAUUUACUUAUGGAACAUAUACUAAAAUCAAAACUUUUGAGCCUAGUUUCUUGGAUUUUUUGUUUACGAAGAUGGUUUUGUGUCGAUUAAGUUUUCUUAUCCUAUUUAUAGCCAUAGGAAUAAAUGAGACUGUGUCUAAAAUCGAAUCUGUCCACAAUACCACAACAAGUGCACCUAAAAACUUGUUACAAAAAGAAGACAACAGCACUAGGAAAGAAAUGUCUUUGCCCAUCGAAGGUGGUGGUAAUAUUGUAGUUACGCCGCGAAAUCCAUCGUUAUUAAAAGAAAAUGAUGGUAUUUUAUUAUCUAAGAUGCCGUCUGAGGAGUUUGGAGAUACUUCUACUAAAACUAGAGGACACGUCGUGGGCAGAACAGGUGCUCCGGUAAUUCCGUACGUAAAGGAAAUUUCAACUAAAUCUCCUGUUGUUAUUCAGAAAAGUACUAUCGUAACUAAGCUUACAAAUACAACAACAGCAGUGCCUCCUCCAUCAUCAACUAAGGCCCCUCAUAAGCCCACAGUUUUAAAAUAUGAAGAAGAAAGCAGCAUAGUUGCAGAUAAAACAUCUCAUCCCGGAAUAAGUGAUGGGGCAUCCAAAAUCGAGACUAACAAGGCAGGCAGCCAUCCAGGGAUGAUAAUGCCUAUUGUAAUAGCAAUACUUGUAGUACCUUUGCUUGCCGUGCUGGGCUACAUGACUAUAAAGAGAGGACAAGAAGCCUGGAAGAAUAGGCAUUAUAAAAGGAUGGACUUUUUACUUGAUGGGAUGUAUAAUGACUAAACUUGAAGAACAUUUUGAAUAAAUUUUGUCUUUUGCUGAUAUAGCUUGUAAAUUCAUGGGUUAAUUGUUUAACAAAAUACUAUGAUUAUGAACAUUAAGUUGUUAAUUUAGUUAACAUAAUUUGAAUUUAUUGUGGUGCUUCAUAAUGUGCCUUAUUGAUGUUAACAAAUUUAAAAUGAAAAGACUAGCAAAUAUUUUUGGUCUAUAGGUGUUAAGUUGCAGACUCAAUUAUUACAAUAUUUUGUCUUCCUUUUAUGAUAUUACUAAAAUUGUAUUGUGAUAGUAGGUAAAAUAAUCAAGUAGCUACAUAAUUGGUUGUACUAAUUAUAAUAUAAAAUUUUAUAUAAAUGUUAAAUAUUGUAGGUACCAGAA